AUGGGAAUUCAUACUCUUGCCAAAUUAAUUGCUGAUCAAGCACCAGGAGCGAUUAAAGAAGGAGAAAUCAAGAACUAUUUCGGACGAAAAAUCGCCAUCGACGCUUCUAUGUCAAUCUAUCAAUUUCUGAUUGCUGUUCGACAAAAUGGUGAAACUCUCACGAAUGAAAAUGGCGAAACGACAAGUCAUUUAAUGGGCAUGUUCUACCGAACCAUUCGGAUGGUUGAGAAUGGAAUAAAACCAGUGUAUGUAUUUGAUGGUAAACCGCCGCAAAUGAAAUCGAAAGAGUUGGAGAAACGUCUCGAACGACGAACAGAAGCUGAAGCAGAAAUGUCCAAAGCUGCAGAAGCUGUAGUCAGAAAAUUUGACACACAUUCUCUUCUUCCCUGUCAGCUGGAUGGAGUCAGCGAUGAAGAAGCAUUUGAUAAAUUCGCUCGUCGAACUGUUAAAGUAACCCGUGAACAUGCUGAAGAUUGUAAACGCUUAUUAAAAUUCAUGGGUAUACCAUACGUCGAUGCACCAACUGAAGCUGAAGCUCAAUGUGCAGCGCUGGUUAAGGAAGGAAAGGUAUAUGGCGUUGGUACUGAAGAUAUGGAUGCUUUAACAUUUGGUUCUGAUGUACUUAUUCGGCAUUUGACAUUUAGCGAAGCACGAAAAAUGCCCAUUCGAGAAUAUACACUGGCCAAAGUUCUUCAAGGUUUAGGCAUUAAUUUUGAAGAGUUUAUAGAUCUAUGUAUUCUACUCGGAUGUGAUUAUUGUGAUUCAAUAAAAGGAAUUGGUCAAAAACGUGCACUUGAUCUAAUAAAGCAAUAUCGUAAUAUUGAGACAAUUCUUAAGCAUAUUGACACAAAGAAAUACGGCAUACCAGAAGACUGGGCAUUCGAUCAAGCCCGAGGGUUAUUCAAAGAGCCCAAUGUUUUAACUGGCGAUGCAGUUGAGCUGAAAUGGAAUGAACCAGAUGAGGAAGGUCUUAUAGAAUAUAUGGUCAAUCAAAAAGGAUUCCAGUAA